CGGCGCCGCCGCCAUGGAGCCGCGGGAGGUGAAGGACCGGAUCCUGGAGAACAUCUCGCUGUCGGUGAAGAAGUUGCAGAGCUACUUUGCUGCGUGUGAGGAUGAGACCCCCGCCAUCCGGAACCACGACAAGGUCCUGCAGCGUCUGUGUGAGCACCUGGACCACGCCCUGCUGUACGGACUGCAAGACCUCUCCUCUGGCUACUGGGUGCUCGUGGUGCAUUUCACCCGGAGAGAGGCCAUCAAACAGAUCGAGGUGCUGCAGCACGUGGCCACCAACCUGGGGCGCAGUAGGGCCUGGCUAUACCUGGCACUCAACGAGAACUCCCUGGAGAGCUACCUGCGGCUGUUCCAGGAGAACCUGGGUCUGCUGCAUAAAUACUACGUCAAGAAUGCCCUGGUCUGCAGCCACGAUCACCUGACCCUCUUCCUGACCUUGGUGUCUGGGCUGGAGUUCAUUCGAUUCGACCUGGAUCUAGACGCUCCAUACUUAGACUUGGCCCCCUACAUGCCCGACUACUACAAACCUCAGUACCUGCUGGACUUCGAAGACCGCCUCCCCAGCUCCGUGCAAGGCUCGGACAGCCUGUCCCUCAACUCCUUCAACUCCGUCACCUCCACCAACCUGGAGUGGGAUGACAGCGCCAUUGCCCCAUCCAGUGAGGAUUAUGAUUUUGGAGAUGUGUUUCCAGCAGUGCCGUCUGUACCCAGCACAGACUGGGAAGAUGGAGACCUCACAGACACUGUCAGUGGCCCCCGCUCCACCGCCUCGGACCCGACCAGCAGCAAAGCUUCCACCAAGAGCCCCACCCAGCGCCACAACCCCUUCAGUGAGGACCAGGCAGAGACCGUGUCCUCCUCGGACACCACCCCGGUGCACACCACGUCUCAGGAGAAGGGCGAAUCCCACGCUGUCGACCUGCCAGACCCCUGCACGGAGCUCGAAGUCAUCAGGGUCACCAAGAAGAAGAAAACUGGCAAGAAGAAGAAGACGAGGUCGGAUGAGGAAGCUGGUCCACUUCACUCCUCCUCGACCCAGGACACCUGUGCCCGGCGGGGGGAUGGUGACAGCCUGGUCAGCAGCCCAGGCCUGGGGCGGGCCUCCCCAGACGUGAACUUUACUUCCCCCCAGGAGGAGGGAGAGGGGCCCAGCAGCACAGCGGAGAGCAGCGAGCUCUCAGAGCCUGGCCAGAUAGGCUUGCUUAUCCCCGAAAUGAAGGACACCUCCAUGGAGCGCUUGGGGCAGCCCCUGAGUAAGGUGAUUGACCAGCUCAACGGGCAGCUGGACCCCAGCACCUGGUGCUCCCAUGUCCAGUCCCCAGACCAGUCCUUUCGGACCGGCUCUCCCGGGGAAGCCCCGGAGAAGCCGCCAUUUUGCGACUUUAGUGAGGGGCUUCCAGCCCCAAUGGACUUCUACCGCUUUACCGUCGAGAGUCCAAGCACUCUUACAUCAGGUGGCAGCCACCAUGACGCUGCAGGGCCUGGCCAACCGCUGCAUGUUCCUGGUAGCCCUGCGACUGCUGGCCAAGAAGAGGGAGGAGGAGGAAGAGAGGGACAGACGCCUGGGCCCCUAGAGGACGCCCCCAGGGAGCCCCAGGAGCCGAAGACCCGGGAGGUGGACACUGAGUUGCCCCUGGUCGGGGAGGGGCCUGUGCCAGAACCAGAGCCUGGGACCCACGAGACUCUUUGCCAGCUCAAGCGAGACCAGCCCAGCCCGUGUCUGAGCAGCGCGGAGGACUCUGGGGUUGAUGAGGGGCAGGGGAGCCCAUCCGAGAUGACCCACUCGGCAGAGUUCAGAGUAGACAACAAUCACUUACUCCUGCUGAUGAUCCAUGUGUUUCGAGAAAACGAAGAGCAGCUCUUCAAGAUGAUCCGGAUGAGUACUGGGCACAUGGAGGGCAACCUGCAGCUGCUGUACGUGCUGCUCACGGACUGCUACGUCUACCUGCUCCGGAAAGGGGCUACGGAGAAGCCAUACCUGGUGGAAGAGGCCGUUUCUUACAAUGAACUUGACUAUGUGUCGGUGGGCCUCGGGCAGCAGACCGUGAAGCUGGUGUGCACCAACCGCAGGAAGCAGUUCCUGCUGGACACGGCCGACGGGGCCCUGGCCGAGUUCUUCUUGGCUUCUUUGAAGUUUGCCAUGAUCAGAGGCUGCCGGGAACCACCUUACCCCAGCGUCCUGACUGAUGCCACCAUGGAGAAGCUAGCACUGGCCAAAUUUGUGGCCCAGGAGUCUAAGUGUGAGGCCACUGCUGUCACCGUGCACUUCUAUGGGCUUGUCCACUGGGAGGACCCCAUGGAUGAAUCCCUGGGUCCCAUCCCCUGCCACUGCUCACCCCCUGAGGGCACCAUCACCAAAGAAGGCAUGCUGCAUUACAAGGCGGGCACCUCCUACUUGGGCAAAGAGCACUGGAAGACUUGCUUCGUGGUACUCAGCAACGGGAUCCUCUAUCAGUAUCCCGACCGCACUGAUGUCACCCCCCUGAUCUCGGUGAACAUGGGGGGGGAGCAGUGCGGUGGCUGUCGGAGGGCCAGCACCACGGAUCGGCCCCACGCCUUCCAGGUCAUCCUUGCCGGCCGGCCGUGCCUGGAGCUGAGCGCCGAUAGCGAGGCCGCCAUGGCCGACUGGAUGCAGCACCUCUGCCAGGCUGUGUCCAAAGGGGUCAUCCCCCAGGGGGUAACUCCCAGCCCCUGCAUCCCCUGCUGCCUAGUGAUUACCGAGGACCGCCUCUUCACGUGCCACGAGGACUGCCAGACCAGCUUCUUCCGCUCCCUGGGCACGGCCAAGCUGGCUGACAUCAGUGCCGUGGCCACUGAACCGGGCAAGGAGUACUGUGUCUUGGAGUUUUCCCCCGACAGCCAGCAGCCCCUCCCCCCCUGGGUCAUCUACUUGAGCUGCACAUCUGAACUGGACCGAUUCCUGUCUGCACUGAGCUCGGGGUGGAAAACCAUCUACCAGGUGGACCUCCCCCACAAGGCCAUCCAGGAAGCCUCCCACAAGAAGUUCGAGGAUGCCCUGAGCCUCAUCCACAGUGCCUGGCAGCGGAGCGACAGUCUCUGCCGGGGCAGAGCCUCCCGGGACCCCUGGUGCUGAGGCAGAGCCAGCCGGCACCCCGGGGGGCCGAGAGAGGCCUGCCGAGCAGCACCCGCUGUCCUCGCUCCGGCCCAGGCUUCCAACCGUGUUCAUAGCCCACUCCCGCCCUGGGGGGGCAGAAGCACCGGCCGGGGCUCGAGACAGGGUCUCUCUCCUCCCAGGGAUCCAGAGCGGGUGCUCCACGCUCUCGGGCAUCCCGCCCGGCCAGUGGUGACCGGAGGGCGCUGGGGCAGAGGGUCUGAGCCCUAUGGGCUCUGCGUACGCACGGCACAUGCAGAUGCAUAUGCCUCUCUUCCGGGUAGCGACGAGGGUCAUGCCAACUCUGAGGAGGAGCGAAGGACUGAGAGAGCAGGAGUCCCCCCUUCCUCCCCUGGGUCGGGGCUCCGGACCGGGGCCCCGCCGUCCUCGUUCACUUUUGACCACUUAGCUGGCUGUGCAGGGAACCUGGACGCUCGGGCCUCCGUGCAUGCUCCCUCCUCACCAACUCCAUCCCCAGGCACACUGCUGUCUGCCUUGCGAGGGCCCCCCCCACCCCCCCGCUGGGGACCGGGCGGGGUGGGGGGGCAGGGGGGGUAGGCUGGGCGGCCCCUCCCUGGCUGCUCGGAGGCCCUGCAUGUCCUCGGCCCCUGCCUCUUCCCAACCCGCAGUGCCCAGCGGAUCCAGGAGGACCCGGGAGGCAGGCCAUGUCCUUCUGCCGGGGAGCAAAGGGGAGGGAGGAGGGCUUGGAGAGGAGCAAAGCCCCCCAGCCUGGCGUCCCAGAGUGGGCCUCCUGACCAUCCCCUGCUUGGCUGGAGUCGGGCCCUCUGGGGGAAGAGGUCAGAUGGUCUGGGGUUUGGGGUUGUUUUUUUUUUUUUAAAUAAAAUAGACAUGUUAUAUUGCCAA